AUGACAAGCAAUAGCACUCGAGAAGCCCCUGUUGGGCGAAACGAGGGAGCCGAAGCCGCCAGAGCAUCGACACAGAUUGCUGGUGUUGAUACAGCUGCUGAUGGAGCUCCCAAAGAGAAGUCGGAAAAGGAUUUGGAAAAGGAGCGCAAGAAGGCAGAAAAAGCUGCUAAACUAGAGGCCAAGAAGGCAAAGGCCGCUCAAAUGGCCGCCAACGCUGCCAACAAAGAGAAGAAAUCUAAGGAGAAGAAGGCAGAGGAAAUCAUUCCGCCUUAUAUAGAGGACACUCCCGCCGGCGAGAAGAAGCGUAUUCGACCGUUUGAAGACCCCAAUUUCAAGGCUUACGACCCUGUGGCUGUCGAGUCAGCGUGGUACGACUGGUGGGAGAAGGAGGGUUUUUUCAGGCCAGAGUUCACGCCUGAUGGCAAGGUCAAGGAAGCCGGCAGCUUCGUUAUUGUUCAUCCUCCUCCUAACGUUACUGGAUCAUUGCACAUGGGUCACGCACUGGGUGACUCCUUGCAAGAUCUCAUGAUUCGAUGGAACCGCAUGAAUGGGAAAACGACUCUGUGGCUUCCGGGAUGCGACCACGCGGGCAUUUCAACGCAGAGCGUUGUCGAAAAGAUGCUCUGGAGGAAAGAGGGAAAGACCAGACACGAUCUUGGCAGGGCCAAGUUCGUUGAGACUGUCUGGGAAUGGAAGGAAGAGUAUCACAAACGUAUCAACAAGGCCUUGACACAUAUGGGUGGCUCGUUUGAUUGGAGUCGUGAGGCCUUUACCAUGGAUGCGAAUCUUUCUGCUGCCGUUGUCGAGACUUUCGUUCGGCUGCAUGAGGAAGGCAUCAUCUACAGAGCCAAUCGACUCGUCAACUGGUGCACGCAUCUGAACACGGCACUCUCCAACCUAGAAGUCGACAAUAAGGAACUCACCGGCCGGACCCUCCUUGAUGUACCAGGUUAUGAUAAGAAAGUUGAGUUUGGCGUCAUCGUUCAUUUCAAGUACCCCAUUGAGGGCUCAGACGAGACGGUUGAGGUAGCCACAACUCGUAUCGAGACCAUGCUUGGUGAUACAGGAAUUGCUGUCCACCCAAAUGAUGCCCGUUACAAGCACCUUGUGGGCAAGAAUGCUACUCAUCCUUUUAUUCCGGGCCGAAAAUUGCCCAUCGUCGCUGAUGAGUAUGUCGACAUGGAGUUUGGAACCGGUGCUGUCAAACUGACCCCCGCUCAUGACCCGAACGAUUUCAAUUUGGGACAAAAGCACCAGCUUGAGUUUAUCAACAUUCUCACCGACGAUGGUUUGAUGAAUGAGAAUACCGGUCCAUACAAGGGCCAGAAACGCUUCGAUGUCCGUUACUCUAUCCAAGAUGCCCUGAAGGAGAAGGGUCUGUAUGUCGACAAGAAGGACAACGCAAUGAAGGUGCCACUGUGUGAAAAGUCGAAGGAUAUCAUUGAGCCUCGUAUGAAGCCCCAAUGGUGGGUCCGCAUGAAGGAGCUCACUGGGCCAGCUUUGGACGUUGUCAGAGAGGGCAAGAUCAAGAUCAGACCAGACACUGCGGAGAGAAGCUAUUUCAGGUGGCUUGAGGAUAUCCAGGAUUGGUGUAUUAGCAGACAACUGUGGUGGGGUCACCGAUGUCCCGUCUAUUUUGCCAGUAUUGAAGGUGUUGCCCAGGAUACUGCAGAUGACAAGCUUUGGUUCUCUGGGCGAACUCGCGAGGAGGCGGAAGAGAAGGCGGCGGCGGCCCUGCCGGGCAAGAAAUUCACCCUUGAACAGGAUGAGGAUGUUCUUGACACCUGGUUUUCUUCUGGACUCUGGCCCUUCAGCACCCUAGGCUGGCCCAACAAGACCCACGAUUUGGACACCCUCUAUCCUACCUCCGUCCUCGAGACAGGUUGGGAUAUUUUGUUCUUCUGGAUUGCCCGCAUGAUCACUUUGGGUUUGAAGAUGACCGGACAGAUUCCAUUCAGCGAGGUCUACUGCCACAGCCUCGUCCGUGACUCUGAGGGUAGAAAAAUGAGCAAGAGCCUGGGCAAUGUGAUUGAUCCCCUCGAUGUUAUCUCCGGUAUCAAGCUGGAGGAUUUACACCAGAAGCUCUACCAGGGAAAUCUUCAUCCUAGCGAAGUUGAGAGAGCAACUAAGUACCAGAAAACCGCCUUUCCUGAUGGCAUUCCACAGUGUGGUGCUGAUGCUCUUCGUUUCACCAUGAUAAAUGCCAGCACCGGUGGUGGUGAUAUCAAUUUGGAUAUCAAGGUUAUUCACGGAUACCGCAAGUUCUGUAACAAAAUUUUCCAAGCCACCAAGUAUGUCUUGGGCAGCCUCCCUAAGGACUUUACUCCUUCAGCAGACGGCAUCACCCGAGGCAAGACCUUGGCAGAGCGAUGGAUUCUUCACAAGAUGAACAGCGCUGCGAGAGAUUUGAACGUCGCAAUUGCUGACAGAGAGUUCCAAAAAUCUACCAACAUCAUCUACAGGUACUGGUAUGCAGAGCUCUGCGAUGUCUACAUUGAGAACUCAAAAGCCAUCAUCCGAGAUGGCACUGAGGAAGAGCGCCAGUCUGCUCUCCAGACUCUGUACACGUCUUUGGAGUGGGCCUUGACGCUCAUCCACCCGUUCAUGCCUUACAUCACUGAAGAAAUGUGGCAGAGAAUGCCUCGACGUCCUGGCGACAACACGAAGUCCAUCAUGAUCGCCAAGUAUCCUCAGUACAGCCCUGCACUGGAUGACCCCGAGUCUGAAGCUGCCUAUGAGCUCGUUCUGGCCGCUACAAAGGCAACCAGAUCACUCAUGUCUGAGUAUUCUCUCAAGGAGAAUGCCGAAGGCAAGUUGCGCUUGGAUGAAACCGAAGUUGCAUCAAUCAAGUCCCUCAGCGGCAAGAGUGUGCGGACCAUGCACGUAAUUGGCCCCGAUGCUCCUCGCCCUGCUGGAUGUGUGGCCUACCCGGUUUCCACCAAUGUUGCCGUCUUCUUGCACGUAAAGGGUCGUGUUGACAUGGAUGCAGAGAUCAUCAAGGCCCAGAAGAAGCUAGAAAAGGCCAAGAUGAACAUUCAGAAACAGGAGAAGAUUCUGUUGGACCCUGGCUACAAAGAGAAGGUCUCUGCGGCUGUGCGUGAGGGAGACGAGCAAAGACUCGCGGAUGCCAAGCAUGAGGCCGUCAGUUUCGAGGCGACUAUCAAGCAAUUUGAACAGCUCAAACUAGAGUAA